AGUCUUGGUCAUAACACUCUGUGUACAGUCAGUACAUGUGAUGGGAGUGUAUCCCUGUCUGCUCCAGCCACUGUAAAUCUGGAGGUCAAAGGUUCAGCCAAUAUCACCAUAACACCUAGCUCUCCUCUUAAUGUGUCCGCACUUAUUUCUUUUAACUUCACUGACUCCUCUGCAAAUGUUACCUCGAUACUUCAACUGCCUCAGCAGGUACAAUUGCCUGCAAACGCCAUAUUAGGCACAUUUGAGGUUCGUGCAGAGCAUGUGGGUCAGGUGACCGCCUAUUUAUACAGUAACAACAAUGACAUUGCAAGCUUUAAGACCAGAAUCCGUUUCUUGGUCAUUAGAAGCAACAUAAUCGAUAUCAUUAACCAAUUAAUUGGUUGGAUUUACUUCCUUGCAUGGUCUAUCUCAUUCUACCCUCAAGUAUAUGAGAACUGGAGAAGAAAAAGUGUGGUGGGGUUGAACUUUGAUUUCCUGGCACUCAACUUGACAGGCUUCAUUGCGUACAGUGUCUUCAAUGUAGGCCUCUUCUGGGUUCCGUACAUGAAGGAAGAGUUUGUGAAGAAAAAUCCAAACGGUGUGAACCCAGUGGAUGCCAAUGAUGUGUUUUUUAGUCUCCAUGCAGUUGUGCUGACAGUUGUGUAUAUCUGUCAGUGUGCCAUCUACGAGAGAGGAGGGCAGAAGUUGUCCAAGAUCGCUAUUGGCCUUCUGGUGAUUGGAUGGACAUUUGCCCUUGUCACCCUCUUUGUUGCUGUGGCCAAUAAGAUCACCUGGCUGGAAUAUCUCUAUUAUUUCUCCUACAUUAAGUUAGGUGUCACCCUCGUCAAAUACAUCCCACAGGCCUACAUGAACUACCAAAGACAAAGCACGGAAGGGUGGAGCAUUGGCAAUGUGUUGCUGGACUUCACAGGAGGCAGCUUCAGUCUCAUUCAGAUGAUUCUUCAGUCGUAUAACAACAAUAAAUGGAAGCUCAUCUUUGGCGACCCCACAAAGGCUGGACUUGGUUUGUUAUCCAUAUUCUUCGAUGUGGUGUUCAUCAUUCAGCACUACUGUCUAUACCGGCAUAAAACACAUUACGAGCCUAUGGGUGACCAGAAAUAGGCUAAUAACCUCUCACAAUCUACCUCUGCCAGUGAAACUGGGGCCAAAUGACUUCCUAUAGGGAUUUAUUCUAUGCAGUGUUCACAGCCAUUGAAUGAAAAGCUAUUUCAACACAGGGCCUUUGCUUAAAAAGUACUUUUUUUCUCCAAAUGAUUGUUUAGGAUAAUAGGGAUUUCUUUUUGUUCCAUAAUUUGUGAAGAAAUGAUUAGUUAUGGUUUGAUACCACUAAGGGAGGGACUCUGUAAUCUUUUUAAAAACUGACUGUUUAGGCCUAUCACUUUUACAUCUGUCAAAGCAAUAGUUCAUUUUAUACAAUACAAUUGUUUAUUUUGAAAUGUGUUCUUUAAUUGAAAGGUAAUUUCUAUUUUGAAAUGUAACUAGAAUAUCAUGCUUUAUUGUCAAAUUAGUAAAAUGUUUUCCACGAAUUAA